AUGUCUACUUUAAUCAACAAUAGGGAAGAACUUGAAAAAAUCUUAAAAGAUUCCACUCUUAGAAUAAGUGGAAUGAAUGCUCCCACAAUAUACAUCAAUGUUAUUGAUACUGAUUAUGAUAAUUCAAUAGAACAAAAUGAGUAUUUUGAAGAAAUAGCUCUAGAAAGUACACAAAAUAAAAGACGUAAAAAGUUUUACAGAGCAUUAAAAGAUGAUAUUCAAGAUGUUGAAGAGAUUUUUGAUGAAAUUAUUUAUAAAAGUGAAGAUCAACAACCUUAUAAUCAUUUUGAAGAAGUUAAAAUGGAUCCUAAUUUGAAAGGAAAAAUGACGAUAUUACCGUUUAUUGUUGAAGUUUAUGAUAAAAAAAUAUAUGGGUGUGCCUUAACAACUAGUGAAAAACAAGUUGAAAGAAUGUUCACCACAAGAAGUGGUAAAACCCCAACAAGUGGUAAAUGUUACUGA